UUUUCUCUGAGCAACAAGCUGCAUUCACUCCAACUGGAGUGAGAGGAGGAGAAAACUAGAGGGAGAGAACAAACAGGAUGAAGGGACUAUAGAUUGAUAAAGAAAGACGAGGAGAGAGCUUGUGUAAGCGAGUGUGGCACGUGUCAGAGUGUGAAAGAGAGGAGGAUUGAGAAAGAAAGAGAGUGAUAGAAUCAAAGUGACAGACUGAAAGAGACACAGAUUCAACUGUACUGUGUGUGUUUGAAAGGAAAAGAGAGAGAGAGAGAAAGAGAGUGAGUGUGUGAGAGAGAGAGAGAGAGAGAGAGAGAGAGAGAGAGAGAGAGAGAGGGAGAAUCAAGGAAGAUAGAGAGUAUAGACAGUUUUUCCUUUCUCUUUCUGCUUUGGACCAGUACAGAUGUCCGUGCUGGCUCUGCUUACCUCGCUGCUAAGGCUUAUGGGAUUGCCCAUCGAACACCAGUGGGGGACAUGACAGUCAUGCCCUCAAUUUUAACAUUCCUUUAGCCUUUUCAACAACAAAAAAGUGGUGUGGUUGUUGGACCUCUCCUGUUGAUGGUUGGACUCUGCUCCUCUUGUGGAUCACCCCUUGUCAGGCUCAUUCUAGAUAAUUCAGUUGAUUUGAAACUUUGUUCAACAGGUUGUAUUUCACUCUUCGGUUCCUCUUGAUUGUUACUGAUUUAUCUCUGGAGAUAUCUUUUUUAGCCAUGAACUAAAGUUCCUAGUAGGUGCAGCUGAAUAGGCACCCAUGAAUCUGUUCUCUCGGACUUAGAUGGCGGCCUCUUCUUUUAAUGUGACUCCAGCAACAAUGUGGGAGGGAUAACUAAGGCUAGGGGCCUCUGCUUCUGUCCCGGGAAGAUGUUCUCCAAGAACCGCUUCAAUGGACAACACGGAACAGCCGGUGCACCCAAAGGGGACACCAAGGAACGGGUUCGCAAAAAGAGGGCCCCCAACCCAAGGGUGGCGCUUGUCAUUCGGGAGAAGAUCCACCGCCUGCUCCAAGGAUCCGGACAGGAAGUACCCGCCCCAGACCUUUACUAUGCUGGGAUCGAGGAGGAAGGGGGAGGAGAGGGACAGGAGAAGAGAAAGGAGGCCACAAAUAUUUUUGCGAGGUAUGGGCCCAGAGAGGAAGUUUGCUCCUCGAGGAUCCCCAACUGUAAGGCACAUGGAGGGGUGUCUGGGGCUUCCUGCGUUGGGGAGGUGGAGCUGAACAGAGAGGGCUGUGUCAGGAUCCCUUGCACUCUGCAGCACAACAGCAGCAGCCAAUCUCCAGGGAAGCAGAAAUUAAGUAUCCCAGAUGGGAUUAGGACUGUCCCGGAAAAGAGACGAACACCCAAACACCAGAAAUGGAUAAUCCCGGCAGGUAUCCGGACCAUUCCAGAACAGAGAAGAGAAGCCCGACACCAGAACCGGAUUAACCCAGACAGGAAACACUCAAGGUUUUCCGCAGAGGCAGGGGCAGCAGGAGGGAAGGCAGACUUCGGUCAGACCCGUGCGGAUCAAAAGAGACCUGUUUCUAUGGGUGACUAUGUGGAUUACAACUUCAACAGAACACGGCACGAUACUCUGCUGGAGGAGGACGAGGAAGAAGAAGACGAGGAGGAGGAGGAGGAGGAAGAGGAGUCUAGUGCCAUCAUCGAGCACAUUCUGAAAGAGCUGAGAGGGAUCAACAAAAUCCAGGAGGAGAUCUCAGACCUGCGAGAUUACCUUUCAUCCGUGCGUGGCUCUGUAGAGGAGGUGUCUUCCUGUGUGGAUGCUGUACUCCUGGAGAUAGAGGGCAUUCGCUCAGGAAACAAGGCUAGUGGCAGUCCAGGAGAUGGGGCUUGGUCUGGGGCAGCAGGAGGGAGUGACGGAUCCUCCUUCACCUCCCACCAGAGGCCUGUCAGCGCUUACGGCUGUUUAGGCAGGCAGAUGGUGCCUUCAGAUUCCAAUGUCUGCCGACCGUCCGUCUUCAGCCAACGCCACAGCAUCCACGGGACUCCAGUGGUGUUCCACUUGCCAACGUUAGAAGAGAAGUCUACCACAGUCUUGCCAGGUACCGAAUUAGUGGAGCCUGACGGCCAGCAGCAGGAGGAUGAUGAGCUGUCGGAACACAGCAUCCCAGAGCCCACCAUGGUCAGGAAACUGAUCUGUUACCUGGAACGGCAGGACGACCAGGACUUCCCCAGCACCAGCUCCCUGUCCUCAGGACACAGCAUCAAUUCAGAGUCCGACCUUGAGAGACCCUCAUCCAGCCACAGUGCAGGGCGUGGUGUUGCUAGAGGUGGUAGUCGGGGUGGUGGGGUGGAGAGCUGGGGUGGUGGUGGCCAACAACAUGGUGGGACUGGGAAGACUAUAUGGUGUGAAGAACAAUGUUAUUCCAGACAGAGGAGUCUGGAAGAGCAGGAAGGAGAGGACCCUGGCUGUUUGGAGGGGACAGGGAGCUGGGAUCAGUAUAGGGGCUCAGAAGGGUAUAGUACUGGUACCCUGGGCCAGUCCUCCACAGGAAGCUCUGACCUCCACUCUCUCCACUCCUCUGGACUACACUACAACUCCCCCGCCAGCACUUCCAGUCGCGAGGAGUGGCGCUGCCAUAGACGGAGGCUGCAACAACAGCAUGGGACUAAAGUUCCUACGGACACCCACUCAGAGUACCCUAGCCUGGGAUACGAGGGUGCUGCUGAUUGCUCAUUUCCCCAGAGCUCUGGUUACCACUCAGUGGAAGGACAUACUGAAGAAGUGGAGAGCUAUGGCUACACAGCUCCCCCCACAGAUCUCAGCUACACAACUGACUGCCAAGUCGACAGUUACCUGGAGAACUAUUCUGGCCAUGAGCACGACAUAACUGAAGAGUUUACAGAGGUGACCUGUACCUGGGCUGUGAACUCCUUACUGAGACAGCCCACUGUGGCUGAAACAGACAUUCCAUUGGUCAGUACAGAUGAAGGAGUUAUGCCAGGGCACCUCCCACGCCCAAACAGCGCAGAGAUCCAAAACGUUGGUUUUAACGUGAAGCGGAUCGGGCGAGUCGUGCUGGACUUCAGCUCCGCCCUGCGGGAGGCACUACGCAAGUUGGAAGGACCCGGAACUGACAAGAGUCCUGGAGAUGAGACUGAGCCCACAAGCUUUUUGGUGGAGUCUCAAACAAACCUACCCCACUCAGAUAUGUCCCAAACGUCACAAGAGGAUGGGUUGGACCCUGGGGCCUUGGACGACACAGAGAGACUAACCCAGACCUGUGUCCUCUCCUCUGCUCCCUCAGACCCCUGCCCAGGUGAAACCCUGCCAGAGGAGGUCAUUGACGGCCUCCAACAGGCUCAGGAUGACCAUUACAGACCUUCUCUCCUUCCUUACUCCGGACAGGACGUUUCCCAAACAGGCCUAGACCUUGCUUCACUUGGCCCAGAGCCUAUGGUCUCCCCACCCAAUGCAGAGGCAGAAGAAAAAGGAGCCUCUCCUCUGCCUCAGGGCCCAACACACACCCCCACUCGGAACAUCUCUCUAUCACAAUGCACCACUGUAGAGUCCCUCUCACUCUCCUUCUCGGCUGAGGAGCCGGCACCCCAGGAGGAGCAGGGAGAUGAACCCCCACCACUGUCGCUGCCACAGCCCGACACAGAAGACCCAGAAGUCCCAGAUACACCUGCAGCCCCAGAAGGCGAGGCAGCAAGAGAUGCAGCGGGAAAGGCAGAGAAAGCAGAGGAGCACCCCCUGGAGAUAAGCCAGAGGGAGGUGCGGAGGCUGAAGUGCCUGAGGACCUUCCAGCAGAUCCUGCGGGAGAAGAGGGAGACACGGCGCCAGCUCACCAGCAUGACCAUGUCCACCUUCAAGGAGGACAACCUCAUCCCAGGUAGAUAUCACCUACCAUCCGUCGUACUGUUACUCGUAAAGCACUGUCUGGAUCAAGAGCACAUGUUCAUCAUCUGGUUAUUUAUUUAUUAGCAUGAAUAACUCUUUUUCGUUCUAUUCUCUCACAUCUACCUACUCAUUUUGUUCCG